UACAACCACGAAAGAUGUCUAACUAGUGCUAAAGCAUAGAUUAUAGACCAUGCUCUACAGUCUACAUACACUUCGGUACAUUUCCUUAUUUGCGAACUAGUUCAGCUAAAAAAGAGCGAAAUACAGUUUUCCCCAAAAUAUAGCUUUCCGCGCGAAACCUCAAUUUGAUGAUUGCGACAAUGGAGGUGACGAACCUCUGCAAACAGUUCAAAGAUGUCGUUUAUCAGGAGAUCCUUGUCGACUCUCCGUCAUCAUCAGAAAAAUCGCGCAUUCUGAUUCUCUCCUCACACAAAUAUCAAGUUAUUCUUUAUUUGCCUCAUAAUAUGUAGUACUACAUGAUUUGGUGAAAUUUGAUGAAAGUUUAAUCAAACUAUGUAUAUUAUGUAAUUGCUAUUUUAAAAGUUAAGUGUAAUAAAAUGGACGUGAAAGUAUGAGAACAAUAUUUGAUUAUUGAUUUUUUGGUUAGAGUUAUUGAUGCUACUUGUGAGUUGUAUUAAUUGAAGUUUUAUGAAAUUUAAUCAAAGUGAGUAUUUUGUGCAAUUGCUAUGCUCUCCAAUCGUUUGUUUCUAUGCUCAAUUUGUGAUUGACUGGAUGUCAUGAGAAUAAUAUUUGAUUAUCUAGUUUUUCUCUGAUAAUUGAUACUAGUUGUAAUUUGAGUGUGAUUACCUACUUUGCUGGACAGUAAGCUUUUUUUUUUACACAUAUAAUAUAUAGUAUAUGUUUAAUUUGGAGUUUGUAUCGGCAGUUUCUGAUACUGGGGCUGGAAGUUGCUUGAAAGAAUUCGAGGACUUGAGAUUUGGCUAUAAUGUGUUCGCCGAGUGGGAUGGUAUGCUUUCAAUCACAACCACGAGCCUUGGCAAUCCUGAGCUUUCUCAUUACAAGUUGAACCUAAAAGAAAGUGCUUCUAACAGAAGGAUAAAUAAGCUCCCUUCAACUCCAAAGACAAAUGCUAUGUUCAGUGGAACUGAAGUGUCUAUGUCCAGUUGUGCGAACAUGGAAGUAUUAUUGGCAGAUAUGGCUUCCUUUUUCGGAAAGAUGCUUCUUCUGAAGAUAUACAACAUUGCAAUAGAGCUGGUGGCUGAAUGUUGUGAUCAAUAUGGAAUCCAACAUGAGAACGUUGUUCUAGCUACCGAGUUGACAUUACCUUCCUCUGAUUCAUCAAACAUACAACAGCUAGCAUCAGGGUUUGAGGAUUAUGUGUGUAAACAUAGAAAUGGUUUAAGUGAAAAGUGCAAAUCCUGCUUUUCGAGCAGAGAUAACCUGAAGGUGGGGAACGGACAAGCAUGCGGUCAGAAGCAUGGAAUUGAUGCACUGGCUGUGGAAGUUGUAAUUAUCAUCAGCAACAAUGAGUUUUUGGGUCCACCAAACCCAUUAUGCUUGAAGGCUUUUGAGCCGACAACAGAGGUUCUAUAUUGUAGAGACUUCUCGCUUUGUUCAGUCCACCAGUCAGUUGUCAAAGCCUUCAGAAGCGUCAAGUGGAAUAGCUAUGGGCUGACUCCACGAAUUAUUGCCGAUGAAGAGAGCUCUCUUUUUCUUGAAUGGGAGAACUUUCCACCAAAUACUCAUAUCGACAUUGCCGUCCAUUGUUAUGCUAAGCAGGUGACUGUACCACCUGUAAGGCAAAGAAAUCAACUCGAGACAAAGAUAAUGAAGGAAGCCAUCAGUCUUGCGCUGGAUGAUUUGAAGAAAAGAUACACCGGGGCUCUUCUUAGUGACCAUGCUCUUAAGAUUCACAGUCAUGCCCCUGAUCUUGCAAGAAGCAUCGCUGGCCUGAUUAUGUCUUCAGAUGAUCCAAACUUCCGAGGUGAAUGUUUCGGUCUCCUUGGCAUGCAGAUGGGCAAUACUGAUGGAGAGUCCAUUGAAAACUGCAUAAAAGACAAGAUUAUCUCUGCAAUAGACAUGAAUGACAGGAAACCUCCGAACUUAAGAUGCAGAGCGGCUGCACCGUUUCUUUUUGAAGAUGAUUAUCAACAAGAGCCAGAAUACAUGUUGGAUGAAUAUGAUGAAGGUGAGGAAGAUAACUGCACUUUGAUGGAUUUGUAAUCAUCUCCAUACCUAUUACCUUAAAAUUUAUAAUUAUUCUUCAUAGUGUAUGGUGAAAAAAAAAACUCCCUCGGACUCAGCUAGUUUGCCCAAGAGUUGAAGGAGAAGACUUCUAUUGUUGUUUGAUUAGAUAAAUGCAAGUAUAUUUU